AUCAUUUAUGAGAAAAUUAAGUAACUUUUCAAAAUAUCUACGUGAGUUUACUCGUCGCUUUCUAUGCGCUCAACGUAAAUGUCAAGCAAGAAAAUAUUUUUAUCGGUUUCCAGCCUUUUCAAAGAUUUAUUUGGCAAUACUGAAAACUUCAAGUGAUAAUGUGGGAACCGUCAAAAUGAAGACAUAUUUUCUAACUAAAACAGAAAAAAAGUGUGCUGCUGAUCUUUUUGCUUUCUAACAAAAAAAAAAACGGUGAAAAGUUUAUAUAAUUAUAUCAACACACAAAUAGUACUCCUAGACAUUUCAAGCCAUGUUUUUAUAAAGCCUGCACCGCGAGACACAAAAGUUAAUCUUGAUCAUAAAACAAGUUAGAAAAAUCUAUAAAUUUAUUUUGAAGAAAAUUAUUGAAUUAUAAAAAAUAAAUCUGAGCAAUAAUGGUUGCUUUCGGUUCUACGCAACGUAAAAAUGUGCGUAUAUUACUUGUUGGCGAUCAAGGAGUUGGCAAAACAUCACUUAUAUUAUCUCUAGUUAGUGAGGAAUUUCCUGAAGACGUGCCGCCAAAGGCAGAAGAGAUUACCAUACCAGCCAACGUUACUCCCGAACAAGUGCCCACCAAUAUUGUGGAUUAUUCUAGUACUGAGCAAUCUGAUGAUAUUCUUAAAGAAGAAAUUGUUAAAGCCCAUGUGAUUUGCAUAGUUUAUGCAAUAGACGAUGAGGAUUCAUUGGAAAGGAUUACCACCCAUUGGCUACCACGUAUACGCGGUGCAGUGGGAGAAGAUCAGCCGCAGAAACCCGUUGUUUUGGUUGGCAAUAAAGUUGAUUUGGUGGAUUAUUCAACUAUCAACACUGUCCUCGGUAUCAUGGAAAGGUUUUCCGAAGUUGAAAGCUGCGUAGAAUGUUCGGCGAAAACUUUACAUAAUAUAUCUGAAAUGUUUUACUAUGCACAAAAGGCAGUAUUGCAUCCCACAUCCCCGUUAUAUAUAAUGGAAGAGCAGGACUUAACUCCUGCCUGUAAGAAAUCUUUAGUGCGCAUAUUUAAAAUAUGUGAUAUUGACGGAGACAAUUUGCUCAAUGAUUAUGAGCUCAACCUCUUCCAAAGACGUUGCUUCAAUACUCCACUCCAACCGCAAAUAUUGGAUGAAGUCAAAGCUGUUAUUCAAAAAAAUAUUCCCGAAGGCAUUUACAACGAUUCCGUAACACUUAAAGGUUUUCUCUUCUUGCACUGCCUAUUCAUACAGAGAGGUCGCAAUGAGACAACAUGGGCUGUUCUAAGACGUUUCGGCUAUAAUGAGCAGUUGGAAAUGUGCAAAGAUUAUUUAAGGCCUUCACUCAAAAUACCGCCUGGCAGCAGUACAGAAUUAUCACAUCGAGGUCAACAAUUUUUGGUGGCACUAUUUGAACGCUAUGACAAAGAUGUCGAUGGCGCUUUAUCACCGGAAGAGCAUCGAAUGAUAUUUAGCACAUGCCCCUCCACUCCGUGGUCAUAUUCGACAGAUAUACGAAAAUCCUGUCCCGUCAAUGAAAAUGGUUGGGUUACUUUACAUGGUUGGUUAUGCCGUUGGACCUUAAUGACGUUAUUGGAUGUUACAAAAACUAUGGAAUACUUAGCUUAUUUGGGUUUUAAUGUGCAUGAAAAUGACACACAAUUGGCGGCAAUCCACGUAACACGAGAGAGACGUAUUGAUUUAGCCAAACGGCAAAGUAGUCGUUCGGUAUAUAUAUGCCAUGCAAUCGGUCCAAAAGGAUCUGGCAAAACAGGAUUAUGUAGAGGUUUUCUCUUGGAUGACAUGCGCUCACUUAUUGGCAAAGAAUUCAAAACCAAUGUUAACUACUGUGUCAACACUGUUCAAGUUUAUGGACAAGAAAAGCAUUUAAUAUUACGGGAUAUUGAUGUCAAACAUGCCCUCGAUCCAUUGCAACCGCAGGAGGUAAAUUGUGAUGUUGCUUGUUUAGUUUACGAUACUUCCAAUCCGCGUUCGUUUGAAUAUAUUGCACGCAUUUAUAUAAAAUACUAUGCGGAAAGUAAAAUUCCAGUUAUGGUUGUUGGCACCAAGGCUGACCUCGAUGAGCGACGUCAAGAUUAUUUGCUCCAGCCAGCUGAAUUUUGUCAAAAGUACAAAUUACUGCCGCCACAUUUUUUUUCACUCAAAGCAAAUAAAAAGGAAUUAUACGUUAAACUGGCUACCAUGGCGGCUUUUCCACGUUUUCAAGCCGCCUGGAUAUUGUUUUAUAAGCACAGGUUGGUACAGCUGUGGGAAACGGCACAUUUACGUCAAUUUGGACUUAUGAGCGACGAUCCAACAAUUUGGUGGAAAGCUGGCCUGGGAGUGGCUGCCGCUACCGUUCUUGGGUUUGUGGUCUUACGUACUAUCCAGGGCGUAAGUAGUUCGUCGCACUUCUAACUGUUGUCGACAGCUAAUCACAUAUGUAAAUAUAAUAUUUUUGGAGUAUAAAGCAAUUUUGGAAAUUAAAUGAAUGCUGCAACAAUGUAUCCUUUGCUGUCCCACAGCUAUUAAAUUAUUAUUCUGCAUAAAACUAUUCAUAAAUAUACAAAUAUUCAUACAUUAUAUAUUAUAUAUAUACAUAUAUUUUUAUAUACUAAAUGUAACAAUAAUCUCUAAACUAUAUCAGCACGUAAUUAGAUGUAAAUAAUUAAUAAUUGCUUUGUUAAUUAAAAAAAAAAAAAAGAUCGAUAAUCCUUUAGUCAAAAAUUUUUCGUUUAGGUAAUACUUAUAAUUGGAGUUAACUUCAAAAAAUAAUACCAAUGAUUUAUUAUUUUAGUAAAAAGAAAAAAAAAAACACUAUUUAUUCCUACGUAUAUUUUUUUUCUAUUUCGCAUUAUAAUAAAAAGGAAACGUAAUACUUCCGGAUAUGGAUUUUCUUAUUGUUUAACGUUAUUAUUGAAAAGAAAAAAAGAAUAUAUUCAUUGUAACUUUUAAAUAAAUGAUAAAUAAGACACUUUUACUUUUAGAAAACUCUCACAUUUAUUGGAGCAUAAUUGCAGUCGCUGGGUUUAAGAGAAGAAAAGAAAAUGUCAAGAGAAGAAGAGCUCGUCGUCCAGAUUGGUAUCGUUACGCAGGCGAACACUGUGAUUUAAUAUAUUUGUGUCGAAAAACUAUAAUGUGAAUAUUUACCAAUGCCAGAAGGACAUGCUAACUACUUCAAUUAAGUC